AUGGUAAAUAUUUAAGUACUCAAGAUGUCCCCCUCAAAUGGCACCAAAUUCCACCCUUCCUGUUUCCUCCUACUGGGAGUUCCAGGCCUUGAAGAAAUGCACAUUUGGAUUGGAUUUCCUUUUUGCUCUGUAUACUUGAUUGCCCUUGUGGGGAACAUCACGAUCUUGUUUGUGAUCAAGAUUGAACACAGUCUUCAUCAGCCCAUGUUUUACUUCUUGGCUAUGUUAGCUUCCAUUGAUCUGGGCCUGUCAACUUCCACGAUUCCCAAAAUGCUGGGCAUAUUCUGGUUUAAUUUAAGGGAGAUUAGCUUUGGGGGCUGCGUUGCCCAGAUGUUCUUCAUCCAUAUAUUCACUGCUAUGGAGACUGUUGUGUUGGUUGCCAUGGCGUUUGAUCACUACGUUGCCAUCUGCAACCCACUGCGGUAUAGCCUGAUCCUCACUCACAAGACAAUUGGCCUCGUCCUGGUGGUGGUGUUGGGUGUCAAUUUCAUUUUGGUUAUCCCUUUGGUGUUUCUCAUCUUGAGGCUUCCUUUCUGCGGGCACCAUAGAAUCCCCCACACAUAUUGUGAGCACAUGGGAAUUGCUCGGCUGGCCUGUGCCAGCAUAAAGGUCAACAUGAUAUUUGGAUUAAUUCUCAUAUCAAUGGUGCUCAUUGAUGUGGUUCUGAUCAUUAUCUCCUAUGUGAGAAUACUCCAAGCUGUCUUCUGCCUUCCUUCUCGGGAUGCCAGGCUCAAGGCACUUAACACGUGUGGGUCUCACAUCUGUGUCAUCCUGGCCUUCUUCACUCCAGCAUUUUUCUCCUUCAUGACCCACCGGUUUGGUAGGAAUGUCCCCAUAUACAUUCAUGUUCUUCUGGCUAAUCUCUACGUUGUUGUCCCACCUGCCCUUAAUCCUGUCAUCUAUGGAGUGAGGACAAAGCAGAUUCGAGAGAGGGUCUUAAGCAUCUUUUUGAAAAAAGGUUGA